AUGAAAUAUCUAAUUCGUCGUCAGUUUUCCAUCACAUCAUCGGUAAAAAAAUUUGAAAUUCAAGAUCAACGAAAAAAUGAAUAUAAAGUAAAAGCAAAAUUAACAAAUAAUAAAUUACCAUUUAAUAUUAAAAUUUCAAAUAUAUAUAAAAAAGAUGAAUUUUGUAUAAUUGAACGGGAUAAGACUGAAAAACAAUGUUAUCAAAUUUCUUUAAAUAAUAAAAAAUUUGCAACAAUUAAGUAUUAUUUUGUUCAAACAAAUAAUGUUAUUUAUCAUAUUAAUAUUGGAUCAACAAAACAAUAUUCGGUAUCCAGUAAUGAUUUAAAAUAUCGAGCAUUAACAAUUAUUGAUGUACCGAUGGACAAUUUAAUUGAUAAUGUUAAUAAUAAUGAUAGACAAAUAUUAAUUCAAGUAUCCAAUCAAUUUUCAAAAUUAACAGAUACUUAUCAUGUAAUAGUCAACGAUAUUAAAUAUUCACUUGGGUAUUUGGCUAUUGCUAUUCUACUUGAUUUACAUGAACGUAAACGUCAAGAUUGA